AUGACCACUAGCACUUAUUACUCCAUAAACAUUAUUCCCAAAAACGAAACGAUGGCAUGGCGUAUCUCCCGCUGUCAGGUGGUCAUGCCCCAACUCGAGUCUCCACAAUACUGUGAGUCUCCUGGUAUUCUAACUCACAUGGCGUUGGAGACUGUCUUUAUUGAACAAACCGGUCCAAAGAGCAUUUUGAACGUACCCAUUAUCGUAUUCUGGUCCAGAGAAUUAUGGGAGGCCAAUCCAAUGAACGACAUGUAUGCAGAUGCCGUCCAAAAUGUCGUCCUACGUGCGUCCAUGCUUGCGCCCAAUAGCCGAGCAGCUCUGCCAACACUCAGGGAGCCCGACUUCAUCCAGUUCUGUGAUGCCCUCACCAUCAUGUUCCACGAUGCUUUUGGAGCCAACUGCAUUGAAAGCAGCGUCAUCAAAGCAUCAGAUGAACACACUGUCCUCCUGGUGGAUGAUUUCCACAUAAAAGUCAGCCUCAAAGAUCUGCUGUUUGGGUAG